UUAGACUUUCCUGAAGUUGAGAAUGUGACGUUUGAACUAAGACCAGCCAGCCUAUUUAAAGUCAAACCUGCAACUGUAAACACAAGUUUAUGAGAGCUAUUUCAAUGGUCUAAUUUAAACAAAGUGGCUGUUUUCCUGCACAGCCGUUAAUGAGAUAAACUCUUACGUCUUCAGCUAAUCUUGUUUGAGGAUCAGGGAGUCAUCAGUCAAAUCCCCAUAAGACCAGUCGGUGACAGCGGUGUAUAGCCUACAUGUACUGAAGUACUGGAAGCAAUGCAACGAAUGGAUACUAUCAGCUAAUUGUGUCUACAGGAGAUACCACUUGCAGGUGAGUCCCAUGGUUUUAUUAUAGGCAUGUACAGUGAAUUGUGUUCAUUUGCACUUUUGCACAGAAACAAGACGGAUUUGUAGAAGACUAUGUUGAUUUAAGGUGCUAACUGUAAAUUGAGGUAUAUGACGUUCAGGUGCUUUUACUUCGACAUGUAAAAAAAGAAAUGAAGGCAACAUGAAAAAAUAUGGUGAUUCUGUGUUGCAGAUAAAAACCUCAUUCCUGGACUUUGAAAGAGUCAAGGCAUCAGCGUAUAAUCCCGUGAGCUGUCACAAAGCCUGGGAAACCCCACCUGCUACUCCACACAAACAACAUCCGCACGGGACAACUCUUGAAAUGGAUUCCCUAAUGUCGCUGGGUGCCCCUCUGAAGCAGUUCACCAGCUGUGUGUCAGGGAAGCCCACCUCCACCAAGAGAGCGGCCAAGGGUAGCCAGUCUGUCCGCAGGCUCAGCUUCACCCGCAGGAAGAGCGUCAGUCGGAGGAGAAGCCUUCCCUGCAGCAACCAGAAAGUCCCCGACUCCUGGCUGAAACUGUACCAGGAUGACCUGAAGAGAGAAAGGAAACGUCAGCAAGCCAUACUGGCCAAGAAGAACGCAGAGAGGACAGUUAGAAAAACUCACUUCAGGAGCCACCACUGUCUCCCAAGGCAGACCACCACUGCCAGAAAACCAGCCCCAGUGAAGGACGAGUCCUUCUUCGGAGCCUUCCAAGGCCUCAGUCUGGAUGGACUGCUGGGAAACGGCAGUGGGUCUCCCGCUGCCUCGAUGCCUGCUGUUAGUGGAGAUCAGUGCAAUGUUAUGUGAGGAACAUUUAAGGACAGACUGUUCAAAUGAUCCGAAUGCUCAAGAGAUUUGAAGGACAAAGGGCUCAUGGAAGGAAGGUGUUUUGAGUUGAAAAUAAACCUGUAACCCAAGACAAA